CACAGGCGACCUCCUCCAUUGCUUCUCUUCAUCCUCUCUCCGUUCUUGAGUGUCGUCAGCCAUCGCCGCCGGGAAACGGGGAUCAGUUUGUUGUUGGGACUUGAGACGGGAAGGAUGUCUUCAUCGCCUCCGGCGCCGACGGUGGCGGACGCGGCGGCGGCGGGCGCGCCGGCGUCGCAGCUGGCCAUCAGCAACGGGGUGCUGCUGGCGGCGGUGAUAUUCCUCUUCAUGGUCGUCGUCUUCGUCUUCCUCCUCUACCUCUACGCCAAGCGCUUCCUGGGGGCCAACCCCAUGCUCAACGGCGCCGGCGCCACCUCCUCGCGCUUCAUCUUCGUCGGCGACUCCCCGUUCCCGCGCCGCGGCCUGCCGGCCUCCGUGCUCCGGACCCUCCCCGUGGCCGUCUACGGCGGCGGCGCCUCGCCCAAGACGCCCGGCGGCAGCGGGAGGAGGAAGAACGGCGAGGCGCUCGAGUGCGCCGUGUGCCUCUCGGAGGUGGCCGACGGCGAGAAGGUGCGGACGCUGCCCAAGUGCGGCCACCGCUUCCACGUCGACUGCAUCGACAUGUGGUUCCACUCCCACGACACCUGCCCGCUCUGCCGCGCCCCCGUCGGCGCCGACCCCGAGUCCGCCGCGGAGGGGCUCCCCCGCGUGCCGCGCGAGGACCACGCCGCGCCGGAGUUCCCCAUGUUCCCCACCAACGUCCUGUUCUGGGGCACCCACGACGACGUCGCCAACGGCGGCCUCGGGGGGAUGCCGCCGGCGCCCCCGAUCGCCGCCGCCUCCACCAGCUCCUCGGCCUCCGGGCGCAGGAAGGAGAACCUGGUGAUCGACAUCCCGACCCGGGCGAUGGCGGUGGGCGCGGCGUCGUCGUCCCCCGCGACGCCGCUGCCGGCGAGCGACCUGCGGUCCCCGAUGUCCGCCCGGCUCCGCUCGCUGCGCCGGCUCCUGAGCAGGGGCAAGCAGGCCGUGGUGGGCGCGUCCUCCUCCAGCCCGCGCGGCGGCGGCAGCGACGUCGAGCAGGGCCUCGCCGGGCGCCCGCCGAAGACACCCAAGACACCUCCGGCGUCGAACUGAUCCGGAAACUACAUAGCUCUCUGACGCAUUGGCUCGCGUCGCCGAUCACCGGAGGGUCUAUACAUACAUGUGUUCAUUCUUUCCUUGAUUUCUUCUUCUUUCACUCUCUUUUCGCCAAGGAUUUUGGCCAGGAAUUCUGAUGUAAACAAAAAGAUGUUUGGCAUUGGUGUCACUGAUUGGUUAUUGAUGUCGAUGGAUCAUUGAUGAAACUGA